GCAGCGAGCGCAGCACUCCGAGUGAAACUUCCACACAGAGACAUGGCGGCUGCUGUGUCCGUUAGCAGAGCUGCCGGAGAGGAGAAGUCAUGCGCUGGUGCUAGCCUCGCCACCCGUCCGCCGUAUGAACACUAUGAUCAAGCCAAGCCAGAGAACUGGCCUGCGGAAAACCACAGAGACUCCGCGGACGAAGCAGAGUCGCCGGCAGGGAGCGGGUGUCCGCGCAGGGCUGAGGACGAGCUACCUGCUCUCAGCCCCGAGGAGGUCGCGGCUCGGCUGGAGAGAACGCGGAGAGAGUUUUACAACCGCAGGAAAAUCAUCAUUAAAAACCUGCCCGCUGAUAUCACCAACCAGGAGGUCCACGAGUUGUUAAGAAACUAUGAUCUGAAGUACUGUUUCGUGGACAAAUACAAAGGAACAGCUUUUGUGACUCUCCUAAAUGGUGAGCAGGCCCAGUGCGCGAUCAAAGAGUUUCACCAGCAUGUCCUGCGUGAACGGGAAAUCUCUGUGCAGCUGCAGCCCACAGACGCUUUGCUGUGCAUCGCCAACCUCCCCCGAGCCUUCACCCAGCAGCAGUUCGAGGAGCUGGUGCGGCCCUUCGGCAACUUGGAGCGCUGCUUCUUGGUGCACAGCGCGAGCACGGGCCACUCCAAGGGCUACGGCUUUGUGGAGUACAUGAAAAAGGACUCGGCCGCCCGGGCUAAAUCAGAACUGUUGGGCAAACAGCUUGGCUCACGCAUGCUGUACGUGCACUGGACCGAAGUGGGAUCGCUGACGUACACCACCCUACACUCGCGCUGCCUCUGUGUGGACCGCCUGCCUGCCAGCCUCCUGAAUGCCCAGGACCUGCUGAGCGCUCUCGCUGACCUGCCGGAGGCCAUCUUCUGCCAGCUUGCUCAGGGACAAGAUGGCAGUUUCCGGCGGUUUGCUAUUUUGGAGUACUCUACACCGGAGCUGGCUGAAGAGGUGCAGCGGUUAACUGACGGAAGGCCUGUGGGUGGAAGCCCCGUCCGCGCGUCGUUCUGCGCCCCAGGACCGCCCGGCAGGAGCAUGCUGGCUGCGCUUAUUGCUGCUCAGACUUUGGCCAUAAACAGAGGAAAGGGUCUCCUUCCUGAACCCAGUGCCAUGCAGAUCCUCUCGAGUCUGAGUAACCCGGCGACACUGAAACUCCUGAUGGCGCCACUCAACCAAGGACAAAAACAAGGUCUCCUAGGGGCCGCCCCUGCCAUGCCGCUGCUCGGUAACCCCGCCCUGUCUGCGGCCCUGUUGCAGCUGCUGCUUCAGAACCAGGUCCAACAGCAACCCUUUCUAGGAAAUCCUCUACUUUGGGCACAGGCUCUGCACAGUACAGAAAGCCGUCUCCCACCCUGUGCCGGACUGCUCGGUGAGAACCCUCUGGCUGCUCUUCCUCUUCAACACAAUGGUGUUAACAUACUGGGAGAUCUACCUCAUGCUCUGUCUGCUGCAGGUGCCAUGGCUCCCGGCUUGGGCAUGCAGACAGAACCUAUAGGUCCCAUAAAGCCCCCGCCCCUGGGGCGGACACUGGGGAGGGAGCCUGAGACUGCAACCACACCCAAUAGUUUUUCUACAAACUCUUCUCCUGCACUCCAGGGCAUGAGCGUUCCUCUCCUGGGCACUGUGCUAGGAGGAGAUGGGUCCACACUGCCUACGGCAUCGUUAUUAGGAGAUCCCCCCAAUGAAAUCGGUGUGUCCCCCAACCCCUUUCUGAACGCUCCCAGUAUAUUCCCUUCCUCAGGUGCCACCUCCAGGCCCCACCCAUACAGGAAGAGACCUGUGCUAGGUGGCUUGACUAACCAGCGGUCCAUCCAGAGCAUCCACUCCAAUUACAGCCUGCGCUGCCAAGACUCGUACGAGUUCCCAGCACUACACCAGGACCCUGUCCCUCACCUUUAUGAGCAGCUGGAGACUCUGGACAGCACUGCACACCUGGCUUAUGGAGCACAGCACUUGAAACACAGCGAGAGAACGUCUCCCUUCGCUUACCCAUCCAGUCGCCCCAGCUCCUCCUACUUCGGCUUUGGUGCCCCUGGGGCAGUGUCUUCCACCCAGCUCAAUAAGGCUGUGGGAAUGCCUCCCAUCUCACACACCAGUGUUUUCUCUGCUGCUCCUGGAAGUGGUGCGAAGACUCCAGUAGGAGGACAGAAGCGUCUCUUUUCUCGCCUGAUUCCGUCUCCAGAGCCCAGUCCAGAGGGGGGCUACGUGGGGCAGCAUUCUCAGGGCCUCGGGGGACACUACGCCGAUUCCUACCUGAAGCGGAAGCGUAUAUUCUGAACCCCGUGCUCGUUGCUGACUGCCGGUUGAAGCACAGAGGGAGGCGUCCUGUCACCCCGGUCCACAGCAGGCACCGGGAGUUUUGUUUGUGAAUGAUUUGAGUGCGCAUGUAAAUUUAUUUUAUUUUUCAAUUUUUAAUUUGAAUUCCUUUAAUUUACAUUUUUAAGUUUUCUUUCAUCAACGAUAAAACCGCAGGUACCUCAUAAAGGAUAAAUACCCCCCCCCCCCCUUCCUCCUCCCUCCCUUCCUUCCUUGAUCAGACUUGCCUUUUGAUGAACUGUUCUGUAAAUAGUUGAGAAGCAUUCAUGAAGACAAGACAUCCUUAUUCAUGGACGUGGUUCUUGUUAACCCUCUUGGUGUGUGUAUGUCUCAGGUCGUGUGUGGUUGUCAUUGUCAUCUGUCCCAGCAGCAGCAGUAACAUCAGCUGCUCCGUUCGUCGGUCUGUUGCUUUACCCCUGCUGGGUGCACUGAUCAGUAUUUGUGUAAAACCAGCCCUUCCCACUUCCAGUGUCACAAGUCCAGGUUUUCUGCACUAAGUGUUGUGUGUGUGUUGCACUUGGAGGAUGCGAGUCACGUGAAAAUUACCUUCCUCAAUCUGUCCUUCCUCACUGGCCAUUUGUUUUUUUUGCAGUUCUUGAACUUUUGUCUUCUUUCUCCUGCUUCCCUUCUUCCUGCGUUCUCUGCGUUCAGUCUUGUUAUGCCUUUACACAUCCUGAUCUCAACUUGGUACUUGCCUCGUACCACCAGCAGGGGGAGCGGGUUAGCUUAGAUGAAAAUUUACUGUGCCUGCUUUUUUUUUUAUUUUUUUUUUAUUUAAAGUAUUUCAACAGAAAUUCUGGAGCAGGCCGGACCUGUGGCCGAACAUGAUGGUUCCUUUUUUUUUUUUUUCUCUUACUGCUACAAAUGUGCCAGCUCCAUCUCGACUCGUGAGCCGGAGGAGUUCUCUGGAAAGCACCAGGUCUGUGACAUUUCCAGUGUGGUAGCUGAGUGUCUCUGGUGUGCUGCAAUUCACAGAUCCACAAAUCACUCUCAGUCCAGUGUAAUCUCUCAUACUCUUUUUACUUAACCUGUUUAUUUGCUGUGUACAUACCUGAGCUUGUAUAUUUCUUCUUUUUUUUUUGUUGGUUCAUUACUCCCCCCUCCCCCCUCCUUCUAUCUAGUCUGUAAUUGAUUGGAAAUGCUGCUUUUUUUUUUUUUUCUUUUUUUCUUUUAGGUGAUGUUGCAGCAUAUUUCUUGAAGGGUUUACAUGUUAUAUAAACUACUGCUGUAUUGUAAAGAACUAAACAGACUUGAUCUGUAAAAUGACGGCUGAUCGAGUGCACCAUCAUUUGUACAUAGCUGCCAUGUUUUUCUGAUUUGUAUUUCAGCAAGUAAAUGUUAUUUAAGUUCACAA